CACGCUGCGGGUCGGGAAGCGGCGUGCCUGCUCUUUGCGCGCUCUGUACUUGGGGAACUGUACGGCUGAAGGCCUCUCUGGCUUAACCCCCCUCGGCUCCUCGGGGUAGUGGUCGCGGCACCGAGCUGCCGGAAUUCUAGAAAUACUGGGAGGAUGCUGUCAGGGCUAGGGUUUGGGUUUUGGGCGGUGCUGCGUGGAGACAGGAGCUGAAAUCGGAGAUCCUUCUGGGUCCCUUUCAGCUUGGGAUAUUCUUUGUGCAAACGUAUGUUCAGUGUGAUGCAGUUAUUGUGGAGAUGUGUGGUUGUGGGAAAGCCUUGUUCGGCAGCAGUGGUGACUUCUUUCUUCUGGGGGAGUGGGCUUUCAGUUCCAGCUGAAGAAACAAACUGAUCUACAUGUGCUUCGCCAUCCAUUGGAAGAAUGACAGAUGACAAAGAUGUGCUUCGAGAUGUGUGGUUUGGGCGCAUACCGACCUGCUUCACUCUGUAUCAGGAUGAGAUAACUGAGAGGGAAGCUGAGCCUUAUUAUCUACUUUUGCCAAGAAUAAGCUACUUGACGCUGGUAACAGACAAAGUGAAGAAACACUUCCAGAAAGUUAUGAGACAAGAGGAAGUUAAUGAGAUCUGGUUUGAAUAUGAAGGUACGCCACUGAAAUGGCAUUACCCAAUUGGUUUGCUGUUUGAUUUGCACGCAUCAAAUACAGCCCUUCCUUGGAGCAUCACAGUGCAUUUCAAGAAUUUUCCGGAAAAGGAUCUUCUGCACUGCCAUUCUAAGGAUGUGAUUGAAGCUCAUUUUAUGGCUUGUAUAAAAGAAGCAGAUGCUUUAAAGCACAAAAGUCAAGUCAUCAAUGAGAUGCAAAAAAAGGAUCAUAAGCAACUGUGGAUGGGGUUACAGAAUGAUAAAUUUGAGCAAUUUUGGGCAAUAAACCGAAAACUCAUGGAGUAUCCUCCAGAAGAUAGUGGAUUUCGGUACAUCCCAUUUAGAAUUUAUCAGGUAGGAGAUAACAAAAUAAAACCAAUUUUAUCAUACUCUUCACCUAAGGUGUCUUAUGUCAUUAUCUUGGCUUUUUCAUAAUUAUACUUUCCCUUU